AUGGGCUGCGGAAGCUCGAGGGCGGACCAGGGCAAAAACGGACGGGGUGGGAGUGGGAACUUGGUUCGGGCUAGCAGGCGGGGCGGGAAGAGCGACCGUGGCGGGCUAACGCCAUUGCGGGAGGUGCGUGCUGAGCGUGAGGCGUCACUUGCGCAGCUGGACCUGGCGUCGCUUCCGGGCCUGGCGGCGUGGCGGGCGCUGGCGACGCUGGGCGAGGGUUGUGUCGAACGAGGCGACGGCAGAGCAACGGCUAUGUCUGUCUUUGCGCCGGUUGUGCGGGUGGCGGCAAUGCGAGGCGAUGACCCAAGCGCUAAGCUGCGGGUGGUGGGCCUCCAAGCAAAUCAACAAUGCAAGGGCCGCUCGCGGAGCAAGUGCAAGAAGAACGAGGUAGAGCUGGUGUUUGAGCCGUCGGAGCUGCGGUACUUCUCGGCCGCGAUGAUGGAGACUGUGAUGGACGCGGUCUCGAGCGGCGAGCUCUCGCUCUUUGACAUCCUGGACGACGCGCUUGUCAUCCGCAUCCUGUGGUAUCUGCCGCUGGCCGACUUUUGCCACGCAGCGCAAGUAAGCUUGCGGCUAAACUUGCUGACGUAUGACGCCGAGCUGUCGACGCUCUGGAUGGUGCGGACGCUGGCGACGUCGCGGAUUCGCGACUCGUCGCUGACACGGCUGGCAGCGCGCUCAGUCUCUUGUAUUCUCUCGCUUGACCUCUCCAACUGCCAGCUGGUGACCGACUGCGGUCUGCGAGCCAUUCUCGAGGUGAAUCCGCUGAUGGAGGACAUCUCGCUGGCCAACUGCACCGGCAUCACGCGAGCCGGCCUCAUGGCGGUGGCGGAGCUCGGGACCUCGCUUCAGCGAGCAGUCAUGCCCGUGACCAAGGCGCGGUCGCACGCCGAGUCGUAUAGCGAUAUUAUCGAGGUUAUGGCGGCCAACGCGACCGAGCUCGUCGAGCUGGACAUUGACGGCUGGGUCGUCAGCGCCAACGCGCUGGCAUGCCUGCUUAAGCAGUGCAGCUCGCUCGAGCGGUUGACGGUCUCACUCCGGUCUAUACCGGGCGAGUCAAUUGUUGACGACGUAGGCUUUAUGCAGGUCUGCCAGUACGCGCACAACAUCAAGGGCCUUGUCCUCAACUACCCGGUCGAGCUCAAUUCGUCUUCGCUCACGGCGCUACUAGCGCACAUGGGCUCACUCACGGCGCUCAACAUUGCACAUGCCUCGUUUCCGCGGCUCGCUCUCGCGCCUGGCAUGGCGCCUGUCCUCCGGGUCAUUCAUCUCAACGAUGUAGCCAUUGACGACGCAGGCCUUGCUUCGCUGAUUGCGUCGACGCCGUCGCUCUACCACUUUGAGCUCCGGUUUUGUGCGCACCUCACCGACACCUUUCUCUCAUCGCCGCUCCCGCCGUCGCUUCAGACUCUGGUCCUCACCUCGUGUCCGAUCUCGGACCGCGGCGUCGGGUUUGUGGCCCGGCAGCUGGAGCGGCUGCCGCGGCUGCUCUGCCUCGACCUCUCACACACCAACAUCUCGGAGCAGUCGCUCUCCACACUCCUUGGCAUCGGCAAGAGCGUGCCUUACAUUGGCAUCGCCGACUGCGCAGCCAUCCAGGCUAACUCGAUCAUCGAGUUCUACAUGCGGCGGCACAAGCAGCUCAAAAAGUACGAGGCGGCCUUCCUUGAGGUCAUCGCCCGCGCCGAGCCGCCGUCGCGGUUCCAUCUUCCGUCGGGCGAGCCGCGCCCACUCUUUGCCUCGCCGAGCAUGGCAGGCAUGUCAGGUGGCCCGUCCGGCUGCCGUGCCAAGCCCACCAUUUCAUCGCGACUCGUCGAGAGUCACGUCCGCGGCAUGCAUGCCUCGCUCUCGGGCACUCGGUAG